AUGAACAUUAGGAGAAUUCACAUAUAUCUUUUUGUCAUAUUGCAAGCAUAUAACUCACUAAUUUUCAAACAUUUCAACUGUUUCAAAUAUGAAAAGAUCAGAAAUACAUUCGUAAUCAAUAAUUUUACCUCAAACAAACUGAUAUCGCAAAUUGCUAAUGUGGAAUCACUACUUCCAACUUCUCACAAUAUCGCACCCCUGUACUUAAAUUUUGAUAACUUUAGCGACAAUGCAAUUAAAGUAUUAAUGCUAUCAUUGGAAGAAGCCAAACUGUCAAACCAACCCAGCGUGGAAUCAGCACACAUUUUCCAAGGACUGGUAUGUUUGAAUCAAGGAUUGGCCUUCAAAAUACUCAAAGAAUUCGGAGUAACAGUAAACUCAGCAAGAAAUGCAGCGAAAUCCUCAUACCCAGUAGACGAGUCGAAGAAGGUUAAGAACUUGCCAACAUUUUCCAACUCGGCGAAGAACGCCUUAGACUACUCAUCAACUGAGGCCGAAAGGUUGGGGAACUCUACAAUAGAAACCGAACACCUGUUACUCGGAGUUCUGAAUGACACGACCAAGGAAAUGUCCACGUUCUAUAAGAAUUUGGACCUUGAUGUAACAUUAGCAAUAGAUACAACAGUGAGAACAAUAGAGAAAAUAAAAGAAAUUAAAGAAUCGAAUAGUUUGUCAGAGAACAUACAAGAAUCCUCGCCAAAUUUUGUAUACCUGUCUCCAACAAUGAAUCGAGAUGAAUUGGCCCAGUCAUGCAUAUCACUGUUUACGGUAGAUUUAACGGAAAAAGCACGUAAUGGGCAAUUACCUAAAGUGAUACACAGAGAUAAUGAAAUAGAAAGAGCUAUCAUAACUUUGUCAAGGAUGACAAAAAGUAACCCACUAUUAGUAGGAGAACCGGGAGUAGGAAAAACUGCAAUCGUAGAGGGCAUUGCAAACAAAAUAUCACAAGGGAUUUCCCAACCCCAAAUAUCGAAAAAGAGAAUAUUGCAACUUCAAUUUGGAUUACUGAUAGCAGGAACGAAAUUCAGAGGACAGUUUGAGGAAAGGCUAACUAAACUAAUUGAUGAAAUAAAAUCGUCAGGAGAUAUAAUAUUAGUAAUAGAUGAAGCACAUAUGCUAAUAGGCAUGAAAUUUAUUUAUAAUAAUAAUAAAUUAGGAGCGGGAGCAGGAGAUGGCUCAAUAGAUGCAGCAAACUUACUGAAACCUCCACUGUCCAGAGGAGAAAUACAAUGCAUUGCAAUCACAACCCCAAAAGAAUAUAAAAAAUAUUUUGAAAAGGAUAUGGCUUUAUCCAGGAGGUUCCAUCCAAUUUACGUCGAUGAGCCGAGCGAAGAAGAUACACUUAAAAUUUUAAACGGAAUUAGUUCAUCAUACGGAGAGUUCCACGGAGUGGAGUAUACACAAGAGUCAAUAAAAUUGGCAUUAAAAUACUCUAAACAAUACAUCAACGACCGGUUUUUGCCAGAUAAGGCAAUAGAUAUCAUGGACGAGUCGGGAUCAUUCGCUAAAAUACAGUACCAAAAUGAAUUAAAAAGAGAAAAAAAUGAGUUGACCAGUGCAACUGAGACAGAGGGUAAUGGUGAGACAGAAAGUAAUCCUGAAAACGAGGUUGAACAGGUAGUUGAAAAAAAGGAGCAAAAUGUUCUUGGACAAGUGAAGCCUGAACACGUAGCAGAAGUUAUGAGUAUCUGGACUGGAAUCCCACUUAAAAAACUCACUAGAGGAGAGAUGGAGAUAAUCAGGAACAUGGAAGAAGAUUUGCACAAAAUGGUAAUAGGACAAGAAGAAGCUGUGAAAAACGUAUGUAAGGCAAUAAGAAGAGCAAAAACUAAUAUUAAAAACCCAAAUAGACCAAUAGGAAGUUUUCUGUUUUGUGGACCACCUGGAGUAGGGAAAUCAGAAGUAGCAAGGGCUCUAACAAAAUACCUUUUCGCUAAGGAAAACCUGAUAAGAAUAGAUAUGUCAGAGUAUACAGAACCUCACAGCAUAAGCAGAAUACUGGGAAGCCCACCAGGUUACAAAGGCCACGAUACAGGAGGCCAACUGACUGAGAAGGUUAAAAGUAACCCCUACUCAGUUGUUAUGUUUGAUGAAAUUGAAAAGGCGCACCAUGAUGUUUUGAACAUUUUGCUACAGAUACUCGAGGACGGAAAGCUAACAGACUCAAAAAACCAAACAAUCUCUUUUAAAAAUACUAUUAUUAUUAUGACCAGCAAUACUGGUUCAAAUGUAAUUCAGAGAUCGUCGAAAGGUGUCCAUACGUUCGGAUUCACUGUGGAUUCAGAUGAAUCCUCAGACUACCUAAAAAUAAAGGCACUGGUCAUGGAGGAGCUCAAAUCACAUUUCCUACCCGAACUUAUUAACAGAAUUGAUGAUGUUAUCCUCUUCAAGCCACUCUCGGAGAGUGAGCUAAAGGAAAUAGCAAAAUUGAUGCUGAACGACUUGACGGCCAGGGCGAAUUCUGCAGGAAUCCUCAUAGAAAUCAGUGAAAAAUUUGCAGACUACAUACUCAAAUUACCCAGAGAUGAUAAAUCAGGAGCAAGGCCACUAAGGAGACUAAUAACAUCAGUGCUAGAAGAUAAGCUUGCGGAUUUGGUAAUUUCGGAUGAUUUCGACAGUAACAACACAUAUACGGUAACGGUGGAUGAGGCGGAUUCAGUGGUCAUAAACCCAAAGGUUGAAAAUGAAACCGUAGUUGAGGAGGUUGUUUUAAAUAACAAAAUGGAAUCUGAAAAGUCUAGAGAAGAAUAA